AUGGUUAAAAGUAAAGCACCAGAAAAAAUAGAAAAAGUAACAAAAGAAAAGAAAAACUAUGUACCAUUUAAAUAUACUGAAGAGGAGCUUGUUCAUGCAGUUAAUACAAUAAUGAGAAAAGAGAAAUCUCUGAAUCAGGUAAAUAAAGAAACAGGGUUUCCAAAGUCAACUCUUAGUAAUAAGGUUAAUAAUAAAGUUCCUAUUUUACGAAAAAUUGGACCUAGUACUAUUUUAUCGUUGAAUGAGGAAGAUAAAAUUGUUCAUUGGAUUUUGGCUAAGGCUAAGGUAGGAUUUCCAGUCCACCCCGAUAAUAUUAAAGAUUCUAUUCAGAAAGUAUUAAAAAUUUUCCCAAGGGAGAACCCUUUUAAAUAUGAUAGACCUGGAAAAAAAUGGUUAGUUUCAUUUUUAAAGAGACACCAAGAAAUAGGAAAGAGGCACACAGAAAUAAUAUCUAAAGCAAGAGCUGCAGUCACUGAAAAUUCAAUUAGACUUUGGUUUGAUGGUGUUUCAUCAUUUUUAAAAAAAGAAGGAUAUUCAGAUAUUCUUUGUGAUAGCAGAAGAAUAAUUAACUGUGAUUAA